AUGAAUUUUCAAUUAAAAAAUUUUUUAAUAUUAAAAACAUUAAAAACUUUUUAUAUAGAGUAUUAUAAAGUUUUAAUAUAUUAUUUAAUUAAUUCUAUAAAAAAUUAUUUAGGAGAUAAAUUAUAUUUAUAUUAUAAAAAAAAUAAAUAUACUAUUUAUAUAUUAAGUGAUUUUUUAUUUUUUAAGACAACUAAUUUAACUAGUAAUAUUACAGAUACUGUUCAAGAAUUUAAUUCUAAAAUUUUAAUUUUCCUACCUUUAAAAAUUAAAAAUUUAAAAAAUAAUAAAUAUAAAAUUAUUUAUUAUCUAUUAGGAGAAAUUCCAAAAUAUACUAUUGAAAAAAAUUUAAUUAUAAAUGGAUUAAAAAAAACAUUUAUAUCUAAAUUAAUGUUUAAUUAUAUUGGAAUAUUUUUUAAUAAAUUUAUUAAAAAUAAUAAUAAUAUUUUAUAUGCUAAAAUUAUAUUUAAUGAUAAAUUUAUUAUAAAUAUAGUUUUAGAAGAAAAUAAAUGUUAUUGUAUUUUUAAUAAUUAUAAAUAUGAUUUAAUUUGUUUUUUAUAUUUAUUAGGAAUAUCUAUGCAAGAUAUUUUUAUUUUUUCACGUUAUAAUAAAUCAUUUUAUUUAAAAAAAUUAUUAUUAACUCUCCCUAGUUUAAAUAUUAACAAUAUAAUUAAUUAUAAUAUUUUUAAAUAUUUAUCAUUUUUUUUUAAUUUAUCUUUUAAAUUAAAUACAUAUUAUAUUUUUAAUAAAGUUUUAAAUAAAAAUAAUUCAUUAUAUUCAUAUAUUAAAAAUUUCUCUAAUAGUAAUAAUUUAAUAGCAUUAGAUUUUAUUAAUAUACUAGAUAUAUUAUUAGAUAUUAAAUAUAAUAAAAAAAAUAUAACAGAUUUAGAUUUAUUAGAGUAUCGUUCUAUAUUUACUUUAGGAAAUUAUUUUACAAAUCAAUAUUCUUUUUAUUUAAAAAAAUUUUCAAAUAUAUUACAUAAUGAUAUUUUUAAAUGUAUUAAAAAUUUAGAAAAAUAUAAAUUAAAUACUAAUUCUUUUAAAUCUAAAUUAUAUUUUAAUUUAAAAGAAUAUUUAACAGUAAAUCCAUUGGUACAAUAUUUAGAACAAAUAAAUAGUUUUUCCGAAAUAAUACAUAAAAAUAGAGUUACUAAUUAUAAUUCUAAAUUAAAACAAAAUUUACAAAUAAGAAAUAUUAAUUUAAAUCAAUUAGGUUCUUUAUGUUUAAUAGAUACUACAGAAGGAAUUAAUUGUGGUUUAGUAAUAAGUUUUACUAAAAAUAUUAAAAUUGAAAAAAGAAAUAAUUUUCAAUUUCCUUAUUUACCUGUUUUAAAUAUAAAAACAAAAAAUUUUAUUACUUUUAUAAAUUCUUUUUUACAACAAACUUAUAUAGUGCUUUUUAAUAAUUAUUAUUUAAGAAAAAAUAAAUUAUUUAAUUUUUUUAAUUUAAGCCUUAAUAAAAAUUCAUUUAAACUUAAAAAUAUAUCAAUACAAAAUAUGAUAUAUAUAAAACCUAUGGAUAUGUUUUCAUUUGCUGAAAAUUUAAUUCCUUUUAUAUUUUAUAAUGACCCAGCAAGAGUAUUAAUGGGCGCUAAAAUGCAAUCACAAAUUGUUCCUAUUUUAAAAAAUAAAAGAUCAAUUAUAAUAACUGGAUAUGAAAAAAAUCUUUUAAAUUCUACUAAUUUAAUUUUAAAAGCUUAUCAAGAAGGUAUUGUUGUAUAUGUCUCAUCUUAUAAAAUAAUUAUAAGAGAUUUAUAUAAUAGAAAAAUUACAUAUUUUUUAGAUAAAUAUAAACGUAGUAAUCAUUUUACUAUUUUACAUUCUAAGCCAAAUGUAUGGCAAGGUGAAAGAAUUUUUUGUGGUCAAAUUCUUACAUCUACUCAAGAUAUAUUAUUUUCUGAAUAUAUAGGAGGAAAUAAUUUAUUAGUAUCUUAUGGAAAUUUUUUUGGUUAUAAUUUUGAAGAUGCUAUAGUUUUAAAUAAAAAAAUUAUAUAUUCACAAUUAUUUACCUCACUUCAUUUUAAAGUGUAUGAAAUUAUAUUUAAUUCUUUAAAUAAAUUUUCAUUUGAAAUAUCUACUAUUAACUUACCUAAAAAAAGUUUUUAUUCUAAAAGAAAUUUAGAUUUUUUUGGUAUUAUAAAAGAAGGUUCUAAAGUAUUAAAUAAUGAUAUUUUAGUAUCUAAAAUAUUUAUAACUAAUAUAAAUAUAUCUUUACUACCUUUAUAUAAUUUAAUAUACAUUUUAUUUGGAAAAGAAAUAAAAAAUAUAAAAGAUAAAUCAAUAUUAGUUUCAUUUGGAAAUUCAGGUAGAAUAGUUAAAACAGAAUUAUUUUCAUAUUCAUCAAAAAUCAAAUCAUAUUUAGGAUAUUAUUUAAAAUGUAGGGUGUAUAUAUGUAAACAACGUUUACUGUCUGUAGGAGAUAAAUUAUGUGGUCGUUAUGGAAAUAAAGGAAUUAUAGCAUAUAUUUUACCAUCUAAUGAUUUACCAUAUACUAAUACUGGAAUAAUUCCAGAUAUUAUAUCUGAUUCUUUAGGUAUUCCUUCAAGAAUGAAUAUAGGUCAAUUAUUUGAAAAUUUAUUCGGAUUAAGUUGUUAUUUUUUAAAUAAAAGAUUAUGUAUAAGUAAUACAUUUAAUUUACCUAAAGUUUAUAUUAAAACAAUAUUAUAUAAUUAUAUUAAUAAUAUUAAAGAAAAAUCAGGAAAUUUAUGGAUAUAUAAUUCAUAUAGUCCUGGAAAAAUUUUAUUAAGAGACGGUAGACAAGGAUAUAAAUUAUCAGAACCUUCUUUUUUAGGUAUUUCUAAAUAUUCUAAAUUAAUACAUAUGAUAAAAGAUAAGAUACAUUAUAGAACUAUAGGUCCUUAUACUGAAUUAAUGCAACAACCUGUAAAAGGUAGAAAUAAAAAAGGAGGUCAAAGAUUUGGAGAAAUGGAAAUAUGGGCAAUAGAAGCUUAUGGAAGUUCGUAUAAUUUAAGAGAACUUUUAAAUUAUAAAUCAGAUGAUAUUAUUGCUAGAACUUCAUUAUUAUCUAAUUUAGAUAAUAAUAUUAUAUUAGAUAAUAUUACUACUACAGAAUCUUUUCGUACAUUAAUUAGAGAAAUACAUAGUAUGAAUUUAAAUAUAGAAGCUUUUUCUAGUAUAGAUCAAUUAGAAGGAAAAAUAUUACCUAUAAAUAUUAAUUUUUAA